GGUUUUUCUUAUUCAAAUAUGGCAGUUGUGUACUCUAUUCUCUUCAACAAAAGCUUCCCGAUGUUGGCUGACAAGCGUCAACAAUGGCAGCGUCAGCUGCUCCAACACGACAUGUCACGUGACCUGUCAUCCGGGGUAUUUCCUGUUGGGAAGUGGACAGGUCCCUUGCUUCACAGAAUGGAGCGUAAGAAAACCUAUAUGUGUCGGGUUUAAUUUAGAACGAAACGCCAAUGGUUUAAAUGCCGGACGACUUGAGGUCCAGUACGACGGCAGGCCAGGCUAUCUCAUGAUCUACCAAAGAACGAUGAAAGAAGCUAAUGUCAUCUGCAGAAUGCUUGGUCUUAGUAAUGCCUACGCCUACCUGGACUAUAGGAACGAACAUGUACCCUCGUCCAAAGGGUGCUGGUAUUUUAAUGUUUGGUGCGUGGGGAACGAGGAGUCGCUCUUGAAAUGCCGGAAUUAUGGGUUUACGAAAAUGUAUACUGUUUACUGUUCGUGGUAUACAACGGCAGCUGUGAUGUGUGGACGGCCUAAUAUGACAGUCAGAGUCCAGAAUACCAAUACUUUGAACAUGGGCCGAGUAGAAGUGUCUAUGAAUGGAACAUGGGGUAAAGUGGCAUAUAGUAGUGGAUGGACCGUACAGUCAGCGAACGUUGUCUGUCGGAUGUUGGGCCUACCGAAUGCAACAGCCGCUCCUGACUUAUCGAUGGUGUAUUACAAAAGACCAUCGGGAUACACAUGGAUCCAGAUCGAUGGAUGUAAAAAGAACGAAACGUCUCUUUUUGAUUGCAGUUUUCUUGUCUUGGGACGAAGCUCUUAUUACAAUAAGCAUGGAGACGCAGGGGUUAUUUGUGGUCCCCCUAAAGUUUCAGUUUCUUUUGCAUUCAAUGCUGCACUCAUGGGAGAGGUCUCUUUAGUUGUCAAUACAGUAAGAGCGAAACUUGGCACCAAAAACUGGGACGACAAUUCUCUAGCGGUACUCUGUCGUAUGGCUGGAGUCGAAGGACCCCAUGAAGUUCCUGCUUUAACUCUUGGGUCAAAAGUUUCACAAGUUGAGCAAUUCCUUUGGUUAAACAAUGUGAAAUGUUUUGGAAACGAAAGCUCUUUGUUGGACUGUGAAAACCCUGGAUUACGAAAUAAAAAUAAAUUUGGUUUAGCGUCUUCUUCUACGGCGAUGGCAGUCUGUGGUCGAGUAAAUAUUACUUUUGAGCUGACUGAAGGAAGAACAUCGCGCCAAGGGAUGGUCAAACCUCUUUUCAAUGGUCUCCAAGGGGUGUUCUACCUCCGACCAGAACACAACUACACCAACCUCGCUAAAGUAAUCUGUCGCACACUUGGUCUUCCUCCACCAUCAUUGUUCGUUAAUGAUGCAAAGAUCAUUUCUCGCUAUCCACAAUAUAGAACACUGGGUAUAAAAGAUCCCCGUUGCUAUGGAAACGAGUCAUCUAUUGGCGAAUGUAAGAAGACGAUAGUCAAGGAUGACAAUACUGGAGGUCUUCCUGGAUUGAUUUGUGGAAAAGAUUUUUAUUGUCCAUCUGGUUGUGCUUGUUCGUAUGCGCUCGACAGCGUUCACUGCACCAACGCAAAUCUGACUGAAGUGUUCCAAAACAUUCAUAUGUUUACUUCAACCCUUCAUCUUCAAGACAAUGGAUCAAAAACAGAACUAGACGAGUCUUUUCUCCUGCGACUCCCACUAAAAGUAUCAACACUUUCGAUAAAAGGAUACAAAAUCCACCGGUUGAAGCGGGUAUACUUUUUCCGUCUAAAGAAUAAACUGGAUAAAUUAACACUUGAAAACAACGACCUCCACAUUCUCGAUCCGUGGUUUAUUUCGAGGCUUAAAAUGAGUGCAAUAGAAAUCAAAGACAACAACAUAACAACGAUAAAAACAGACGCUUUCGCUGGAAUAUUUCAAUGUAGUUCAAUAUAUUUGACAAGAAACAAUAUACAAUUCUUAGAAAGAGGAGCUUUUGCAACUCCAUAUCAAUUGUAUGUAAGCUUAUGUAAUCAAUAA